AUGAGUAUACCAAAUGGCAUGAGACACAGCUGCUCCACCAUGAAUCGGACUAUAUCUGGCACUAGUACGGCGGACGAUUUAUGGUGGAGCAGGUAUACUCAUCUACUGCAUGAAGGCUGUAUAGAUCUCCAUUCUUCCACAAAGGGACCUAACGUAAAGAAUGUCGGUGAGAAUCAGAAGAGUCUUCCGCAAGCUAAUUUACCUUCCAGCAUUAACAGAGCACCUAAAACUUUCCUCUACCAGCAUCUACAUAUCCCAACACUGAUAGCUACUAAUUUGAUCAUUAGAUGCUCCAUUUUCAAACGCGGAGAGAUCCGGAAUCCCCGGAAAGACGGUAUCAAAGUGGCGCCAUCCAUUAUUCAGCCCAUACGAAACAUCAAUGAAUUUCUAGAAAGAACUAACAAGAAGAAGCGGCAAGACUUUAUCCUCCAAGUCGAGGCCGAGUGGAACUACAGAGAAAAUGCCGUGUCAGUGGCACUCCAUUGCUACACCAGCGCCGUGAACAUACCGCAGACUCCCGCUGGUGCUACAAUAUGCACACAAAGGCUGCCGUCCUGGGGGAAGUUUGCAUUCACGCCUGUAUAG